AUAACUUCCCCCACCAUCCUGGGAAAAAUUAUCGCUAUCCGCAAGAUUACGCUCGUACAAAGUUGCUGGAAGUUCGAGAAUAGCGCUCAAAAAAUAUCUACUUUGUGAUUACGUUGAUAGACGUGCGUUACGUUACCUGCACUCUCACAUCGAUGUGCGGAAACGGCCAUCUGAUUUUAGCUGGUCUGGGAUGUCUGCUUCUGUGCUUGCAGAAUGUAGAAUCCAAAUCAGAGACAUGCUUGCAACACACAAUCUGGAAUUAUAAUUACACAAGAUACCACCCGAUGUCAGAGAUCUCUGAUUGGAUGGAGCGUGUGGUGUCAGAGAACCCAGAGCUGGUGUCCUCCUCUGUGUACGGAGAGACCUUUGAGGGCAGGAACAUCACAUACCUCAAGAUUGGCCUAGGCUCUGAGGGAGAGAAGAAGAAAGCCAUCUGGAUGGACUGUGGGAUCCACGGCAAUGAGUGGAUCGCUCCUGCCUUCUGCCAGUGGUUCGUUAAAGAGAUCUUGCAGAGAUAUAAAACAGACAGCAAGCUGGCGGAGAUUUUGAAAAACAUGGAAUUGUACGUCACCCCUGUUCUGAACGUUGAUGGCUACACGUACAGCUGGUUCAGUGAGGAAACUCGAUACUGGAGGAAGUCCAGGUCACCUCCCCCAGAUGGCUGUUCCUGCCCUGGCGUGGAUCUCAACAGGAACUUCAACGCAAGCUGGGGCACUGUGGGCGUGUCCAGAGACUGCUGCAGGCCCAACUACUGUGGUUCUGGUCCGGUGUCGGAGAAGGAGGCGGAGGCCGUGACCCAGUUUGUGGGCAGCAGGGUGGAGCAGAUCCUCUGCUUCCUCACCAUCCACUCCGCAGGGCAGCUGCUGCUCCCGCCGUACGGCCACCCAGACCUGUCCGCCCCCAACAUUGAUGAGCUGAGGGCUGUGGGCCAGGCGGCUGCUGAAGCUAUGAAGGCCGUCCACGGGAAGGUCUACAGAGUGGGAAAAUCUAAAGAGUUAAUCUAUGCUAACUCGGGUACCUCGCGUGACUGGGCUCGUCUGAUAGGGAUCCCCUUCUCCUACACCUUUGAGCUGAGGGACACGGGCGAGUUCGCCUACCGCCUCCCCGAGAACCAGAUCCAGCCGGCCUGUGAGGAGGCCUUCGAGGGAGUCCGCAGCAUCAUCACCUAUGUCCACGACCAGGCCUUCCACAGGAGGGGUCAAGAGGAUGAAAAACAGGAGGGAAGAUGAGGACAAGUAGAUAUUUACAGAGAAAAUGCAGGACAAAGGCAGAUAUAGUAUGAUAUGUAUUUGGAUGUAUGCAUGAGCAAAUGUAAUACGUUCACUCGUAUGAUUUUUUUGUUAAUCCAACCACAUGAUCGGAUGGGGAAAUAUGGAAAGAUAUGGAAUAAAGCAAACAUUGAAAUAUUGCCAGAACAAAAUUAUUGUGAAAAGAUUUGAUAGAUCGAAUGCUGUGUCCACCUGCACUACUGAUUUGAAAUGCUAUCUGUGGGAAAUCACUCGGCACCUGAGGUCUUUGA